CGCGCGCGUUGGCUGCAUUCCCGAGCCCGGAAUCUGAGCGAGAGAGCGAGAGGCAGGGCUCGCGCGAUUCCUUGCUUUGCUCGCCUCCGGCGGUGCUCUUGUCUUGCCUUCUUCGCGGUGGCCGGAGAGGAGGCGAGAAAUCAAGAGGCGAGCUACGGGCAGCAGCAGAGGACGAAGAAGUUCAGAGGAGAGCGGCCAGGGAGAAAUGGCGGCGGCGUGGACCUCCGUGGGCCUGGUGGCGGUGGCCGCGCUGGUGGUGGGCAUCGCAAUGCCGGCCUCCGCCGCCGCCGCCGUGCAGCCGCCCGCGCCAGCGCCCUCCAGCGACGGCACAACGAUUGACCAGGGGAUCGCCUACGUGCUGAUGCUGGUGGCCCUUGUGCUCACCUACCUCAUCCACCCAUUGGACGUUUCCUCUCCAUACAGGCUCUUCUAAUCUGUAUUCAGAUUGUAUCAGUAGAGUAUUAGAGUUAGCUAUGAGAGUGCGAGGGCAUGGUGAGGAUUUAGGUAAAGGGUGUGGUAGUCUAUUUCUGUACGUGCGUCACAUGAUUAUGAACAUGUUACAUGUUUGGUGGUGGCUUGAUUCUGCCAUUAUGUGAGUGUUUUGGUAUUCAGUA